UGUUACGCAUAUCUUGAGCGUUGCGCGAAUGCGCUUGCUACAGACUAUUUUGAAGAUCUCUUCGAAAUUACCCUCAAAGUCGUAUGAAAAGCUGUCCAGGUUUAUUCAUGCUAAGGAUAUCUUGGGCUUGUUUCAAGAAUAUUAAUGAUAAUCUGAUGCAUAUACAAAGGCUUAUGGUAAAUGAUACAAGACCAUUAUGUGUCUCCAUAUUGAUGGGCAAUAUAAAGGGAAUUUUGCUAAUAGAACUUAAGGCCCUGAAAAAGCAACAUCUGAUGCUUAGUAACGCAGUGCAAAUGAUGAACAUAGUCUUCAGUUUACAACUUCUUGCUACUAUAGUUAUGAUCUUUUCUAUUACGACUUUUGAAUUGUACUUUUAUAUAGUGCGCUGGCAAGAUGGCAUACUCAUUAUUAGUUUUAAUAAUCCGUUUUUUGACAAAUUUUUAAUAACCAUGAUACAUCACUUUACACAAAUGAUACUACUUGUAUGGAUCUGCGAGACCGGAAAGAAUCAAGCUCAACAGAUUCGUAUCAUUAUUCACGAUCUACUUAACAACACUAAUGAUAAACAAACCAAAGAUGAGUUACAUCUGUUUUCUUUACAAUUAUUGCAUUGUAACAAUACUUUUUCGGCAAAAGGUUUCAAUAUAGAUGCAACGCUUUUCGCUGCUUUUAUGGGUGCCAUCUCGACAUAUACGUUGAUAUUGAUACAAUUCUUGAUUACGUCACAUUCUUGCGACAAAAAGUCAAUAAUUAAUAAGUAA